AAGAACCUUUUUGAGAAAUACAGUCUAAAGAGCUAAGCGUCUUCCACACUCAGUUAGUCUAAAAUCGGCCGUGACCAAUUUAGCGCUCUAAGCGCUCUAAGCCCGACACUUUGACACACUUGAUUCAGAGCCCAGCCGCAGCUUGACUCGUUAUCGCCCUCCGGGUUAUCACUCGAGCGAUUUCCCCUCCCAUGAGCAAAACCAUAACCAUUCCACAUUGCCACUGCCACUGUGACAGGGGUAGCGAAUGGGAACGCGAUUAGUUGGGACUUAGGCACAGCCUAGUCUGGAAGCAGAAGCGCGGAAGUGUGUGCCUACGUAUUAGCAGCGACCUUUGCCAUUCCGACCUCGCGGAGCCGAACAAGUCGCCACGGAAACAGCAUAGGCAUAGCGAGAAACAUGCUGGCCAGAGCACUGGCCAUCCUGUGGGUGACCCACCUCGCCUGCGGCCUGGACAACAUGACCAGCCAGGCCAGGGUGGAGAACGACCUGCUGCACUUCUCCUACAAGCUGGACCAGUACCUGGACCCCAGCAAGCAGCCCUGCCAGGACUUCUACGGCUACGUCUGCUCGCGCAGCGCCAAUCUCAGCCAGACGGGGCGCCAGCGCGUCCAGAGCUUCCUCCGGCAGGCGGACAACGAGCAGCUGAUGGACAUGGAGCUGCAGCUCGUCAACUUCUUCAAGUCCUGCGACAGCGGGCGCGGCGUGGAGGCGCUCAAGGGCUCGCAGCUGUUCAGGCUCAGCGGAGGCUGGCCCGCCCUGGAGCCGCUCAAGGCCAACAUCAGCCAGCGAUCCAGCCCAUCCAAUCAAACCAGGAGCUGGCUGACGCUCCUCGGCCACUUCCACGAGAUGGGAGCGCCCUAUUUCUUCGAGACGACGGUCACCAUGCAGUCGAACCGGCGCGUGGUGGUGCUCCAGCCCGACACCACGCGCCGCAACACCCUGAGGAAGUUCGAGCAGCGGGUGGGCGAGGUCCUCCAGAGCUUCGGCAUCGAGCAGAGUCGCGCCCACGUGGCCGCCCUCGAGGUGCUCAGCCUGGAGCGCAGUCGGCGGGACAUCGUCAAGGCGGAGCACAUCGAUGACCAGGUGCAGUUCAGCUACGGCAACUUCAAGCGCAGCGCCUUCGGCAACGCCUCGCUGACCCGACUGGACUGGGACGGCUACUUCCGGCGGUCCCUGGGCGGCAAGACACCCCAGCCCGGCGACACGAUCGUGGUCAAGCAGCUGCCCCGACUGGUCGACUACUUGGUGCUGCUCCAGAACACCAGCAUGGUGCGGCUGCUCAACUGGAUCUGGACGGACUACUUGAUGGACAUCGCGGAUGCCGACUGCCACCAGUUGGCGGAGACCCACGCCGGCGAUCUCUACGCCCACGUGGUGCAGCGUGUGACGGCGGACCGCGUGGAGCUGGCCCAGAUGUACUCGGCGCUAGGGAAGGCCUACACGGACCAGCUUGCCGGCAGCGAGUGGAUCGACGAGAUCUCGCAGCAGAACUCACGGAGCUUCCUGGGCACCAUCAUCCACCUGACCCUGGCCGGAGACGAGCAGCUGGGCGCCGCCUACCGCUCGACCCUGCUGGGCCGGCGCAACCUGUACCGCAACCUGGAGAAGCUGCGCCAACUGCAGCGCCGGCGGCCGGCGCCCUCGCAGUCCGCCCAGCAGGUGCGCCAGUACGCGCAGGUGUUCGCCACGGUCAGCGCCCUGCUCGAGCAGGGCAACCUGAGCACGCCGCUCAACUACCUGCUGCUGGGGCAGACCUUCUCGCGCAGCCUGGUGGCCGCGGGCAGCAGCUCGCGCACUCCGGGCGCCUGGCGCAGUCCGGACUCGGAGCGGCGCUUCGCCGUCUUCCAGGAGUGCGCCGCCGGCCAGGCGAACGCCAACGACCUGCUCCUGGAGCUGCUGGCCCAGAGACAGGCGCUGAGUGGAUUCCGACUGGCGCUGCCCCCCCACUCGCCGCUGCCGGAAAGAAUCGACGCUCUGCUGGCCGCCGGCAGAGCGCAGCUGUCCCUGCAGCGGCUCUUCUUCGUGGCCAACCUGCUCGUGGACUGCCGCUCCGAGCUGGGCGCUCUGCAGCAGGACCGGAGGCGGCAGCUGACCCACGCCACGCUGCGCCACUCGCAGGAGUUCUCCGAGGCCUUCCAGUGUCCCCCGCAGCAGCAGCGCUGCAAUCCCCUCUAGCUGUUGGACAGCGUCGGACCUUGAACUUUCCGCCGCCGCCAGCAGCGCUGGUGUUAAAAAUCGAUAAGCCAUGCCUGCAACCACUCGAGGUCGACCCCUACUCACCCCCAAUUCCCCAUUUCCCCAUUUCCCCCAUCGAUUGAUUUUUCCCGGCCCAGUUGCAGCAUAUGCUCACGGACUUACGGAUGGGCUGUGUUACGUAGCCUGGCCGAUUGAGGUGACAAAACGAAAACGAAAACGAAAACGAAUAAGCGAAUAAACGAGCAAACGA